AUGCUUCAGCAAGGCCCACACUUCAACAAAGAUCAUUAUAUAUUCGACCUCCAUGACAUCCUCAAUCUACAGGUAGAUGUGUCAGCUUAUCCUGACGAGGUGUGCGAUGGCAGCGUGCAAAUAAUAAACGUCAACCUGAUGAGACGGCCUGACCUGACAGUGACCCCCAUGACACCUUCGUCAGGAAUAGAGUUUGUUCACUCGGCUGAAUCUGGAUUCCACUUUUACGGACAUUUUGGCCAAAGUCACGAUUCAAAUAUCGUAUUUAAUGUGUACAAGUUCAUCAAGUUCAUCAUAACUGUGACCAGUGAUGAGUAUUCACAUACAGCUUUGGUGAGUUUUAAGGACGCCAACGUGUCAUUGUGUAAAGUGACAAAAAAUGAAGCAGACGUAGCAGGCGUCAUUACAGCAACUGUUUUAUGUGGCUAUCCAAACCACUCUAGUUACAUCACCCACACGGAGUUGUUGGAUCCUAUGUUUUAUGAACAGUUGGACUCUGGCAAACACCAAAUAAGCUUUCGAGUCUACUACCGAGUGCUACGUGUUGGUGAAUUUUUAUCAGAAGUUCAAAUUGAGAUUCCAUCAAACAGUAAAUGGGAUAUCCAAACUACUUUAACCAGCUACACAGAUAAUGGCUCAAUUACACCAGCAACUUCAUUGUACAGCAUUCAAACACAAUCUGCUUCACUGAUUACAAAUACAAAUUUCAUUUCAUCCUCUACUCCAAUUUCAUCCACACUCUCCACCAUCAAUCACAGCACAGAAACAGAAUUAAUUUCUUCUUCAACUUCAACUACAUCCACACUCUCAACCAUCAAUCACAGCACAGAAACAGAAUUAAUUUCUUCUUCAACUUCAACUACAUCCACACUCUCCACCAUCAAUCACAGCACAGAAACAGAAUUAAUUUCUUCUUCAACUUCAACUACAUCCACACUCUCCACCAUCAAUCACAGCACAGAAACAGAAUUAAUUUCUUCUUCAACUUCAACUACAUCCACACUCUCCACCAUCAAUCACAGCACAGAAACAGAAUUAAUUUCUUCUUCAACUUCAACUACAUCCACACUCUCCACCAUCAAUCACAGCACAGAAACAGAAUUAAUUUCUUCUUCAACUUCAACUACAUCCACACUCUCCACCAUCAAUCACAGCACAGAAACAGAAUUAAUUUCUUCUUCAACUUCAACUACAUCCACACUCUCCACCAUCAAUCACAGCACAGAAACAGAAUUAAUUUCUUCUUCAACUUCAACUACAUCCACACUCUCCACCAUCAAUCACAGCACAGAAACAGAAUUAAUUUCUUCUUCAACUUCAACUACAUCCACACUCUCCACCAUCAAUCGCUACACAGAAACAGAAUUAAUUUCUUCUUCAACUUCAACUACAUCCACACUCUCCACCAUCAAUCACAGCACAGAAACAGAAUUAAUUUCUUCUUCAACUUCAACUACAACCACACUCUCCACCAUCAAUCACAGCACAGAAACAGAAUUAAUUUCUUCUUCAACUUCAACUACAUCCACACUCUCCACCAUCAAUCGCUACACAGAAACAGAAUUAAUUUCUUCUUCAACUUCAACUACAACCACACUCUCCACCAUCAAUCACAGCACAGAAACAGAAUUAAUUUCUUCUUCAACUUCAACUACAUCCACACUCUCCACCAUCAAUCACAGCACAGAAACAGAAUUAAUUUCUUCUUCAACUUCAACUACAACCACACUCUCCACCAUCAAUCACAGCACAGAAACAGAAUUAAUUUCUUCUUCAACUUCAACUACAUCCACACUCUCCACCAUCAAUCGCUACACAGAAACAGAAUUAAUUUCUUCUUCAACUUCAACUACAUCCACACUCUCCACCAUCAAUCACAGCACAGAAACAGAAUUAAUUUCUUCUUCAACUUCAACUACAACCACACUCUCCACCAUCAAUCACAGCACAGAAACAGAAUUAAUUUCUUCUUCAACUUCAACUACAUCCACACUCUCCACCAUCAAUCACAGCACAGAAACAGAAUUAAUUUCUUCUUUAACUUCAACUAUAUCCACACUCUCCACCAUCAAUAACACCACAGAAACAGAUUUAAGUUCAUCUUCAACUUCAACUACAUCCACUCUCUCCACCAUCAAUCACAGCGCAGAAACAGAUUUAAUUUCAUCCUCCAAUCCAACAUCAUCCACACUCUCCGCCAAUAGUAUCUACACAGAAACAAAUGUUAUAACAUCCACAACAUACUCACACAUCACUACUGAUGCUCCCCUUCCCGCAAGGGAUAUUUUAGGUGCCAUUGAGGUAACCAUGAUUGUUGUAGCUGUCAUAGUGACAAUAAUCGUGAUGCUAGCAGGAUUUUGCUGGUACGUUUAG